CUGAAACAGGAAGUGUGCUAUAGGAGCUGAAGUGCUGCCUGUUCAGAGGGACGGCAGACAGAGAAACUCUUCCACACAGCGAGGACACACAGAGGUUUCACUGUUCUAGACACUCUGGUGAGGACGAAGAUGAAGCAGCUUUAUGUUCUCAUGGUGAUGGCUGUGAUGUCAGCAUUGGUGAAUUCUGGGGCUGCGACUACUACCAGAAAACCCUGGACGACAAGUGGAUCUGAUGGGCAAAAUUUAAACGGGAAGAUGUUCACUUUGUCUCGUGAUGGAGGAGGAAUAUACUUCUAUCCCCCCGGUUAUUCCCCUUGGUUUAUUACUACUCCCUACCCAACACGCAGAUACACAACACGUGGCUACUUCACCACCACCACCCCCAAACCCACCACCACCACCCCCAGACCCACCACCACCACCCCCAAACCCACCACCACCACCUACAAACGCACCACCACCACCCCCAAACCCACCACUACCACCCCGAAACCCACCACCACCACCCCCAAACCCACUACCACCACCUACCCUCCCUGGACCACAGCACCUUCUACUAGAGGUGUGUCCGUGUGUCUGCGUUACCUCACCGACUACAGUCAAUCAAGCAGCCCCACAAUCUUCAAGCUCAGUCCAUCAGGCUCAAACACUCUGAUGCUGUCAAGCAGUUACAGUGGUGUGUAUACCCUGUCCUAUGGAUACAGUAAUUACAUGUACUUCCGACCUAACAUAAUGUUGUGGUCGAAUAUUCAACCGGACAUCUGGACCAGAGUCUGCGUCACCGUGGACACCGUGAAGCGUGUGGCUCAGGUGUUUAACGGCUCGACCGUGAGCAUCAGGAAGCUGCUGCCUUAUCAGUAUGUCUGGUCAGGUGAGCCUGUGAUUGAUUUUUCAGGUUUUGAUGGUCAGUUCACAGAUGUCCAGGUCUGGAAUUAUCCUCUCAACUACAAAGAAAUCUACAACUACAUGACCAGCAGUGGCUAUGGGUGGUACCACGGCUCCGUCCUCACCUGGUCCUCCAUCAAAUACUCUCCCAGAGGAUACACGCUACUGGAGGACGUCUAUGAGAGGCAGGCGAAACAGCCAAUGAGAAGCAGGGGGAGAGGACAUCGACCAAACUGGGAGAAGAAGAAGAGAGCGUUUAUCUAUGUGGAAGGGUGGAAAGAAAGACAACAGCUUUAAUGAAACAUCUGUUCUACGUUUAUUAAUACAGAAUUCUUAACUAUUCAAUCAAUUAACAAGCAUUAUACCUUAGUCUGGGUGAGCACUCGAGGUCUAUAUGAGCGGAGGCAACUAGAAAUAUCUCCUGUUGCUAAGUCGUAUCUAAGGUUUGUCCUAUGUACUGGAGAAGUGAACGUUUCUGUUGCAUUAUUAGCUGGUAAUGAUUCUUCCAGGUAUUAGUCAAACCCUCAGGUGACACCAGGGAAGUGGAGUUAAAAACUUAAGAUUUCUGAUUGCAAAACGCAUGAAAAUAUAAAAUAAUGAUCUUUGGCAUGUGACCAUGGUUUAAUCGGGCUAAUGCCCUUCGAGGUUUCCAUAAUCAGGAAUUAAUGGAGGAAACAGUCCGACGAUCUGGGCUCCACGUUAUCCAUUACUGAUUUAUGUGAUUAUAUUUCUAUAGACUCUCAGUAACAGAAUUCAUUUCACAUCUUUGACUUUAUAUUGUUCUCUUUUUAAGUUGUGGUUUUCUUAAUUUUGUAUAUUAUUAAAAACUAUACAAAAAAAGGA